GCGUACUUUCUCUUUCGAGAGUUGACAAGCAGCUUUGGCGCCGAUGCGAGACUUCGACUGCGCCCGACGCCGACUCGCCGCGACACUGUUGAUCCGCGGACACCGGCGGUCUCGGGCAGUUCUGGGAAGUGCGUGGAUUUGCCGCGAGAGCUGAGAAGGAAUGCGCGGAUCUGGUGGCUCUCCCUCUCGUGUUUCCAGUGUCGUGACUCCGGUCGAUCUGCGGUGUCCCGUCGACGUUAGCGAGUGUUUCUGGAAGCGCGCGAUCGACUGCAAACAUGCAGCAUGAUGUGGAGUUGCACCCCUGCCUCUAACGCACCGUUUGCCCGCGUUGAGCCGGAGCAAGGGUCGUACGCCGUGCCGGUGCAGAGGCUGCACGGGUAACCGCCGUGCGUAACGCUGGCUCUCCAUGGAGGACUGGUGGAGAAGCCGCUCAUCACAAUCCACGCUUUAACGCAGUGAGCGAUACUUGAAACAAGAUGAGUCAAGACCAGGAUGGGAUAUGCCUACCGGUGCCUUGCUUUGGUACGUGUCCCGGCAAAGAGAGCCACGGCGGCGAAAGCACCCACAGCAACAGCGGUGGGGUCGUCGUCGGCGGCGGCGGCGGCGGCGCUUCCAGGGUCCCCGCAGCCGGGACUUUCUGGCAGGACACUGUGGUCGGCAGCGCGGGGCUCAGCCCGACCGCCGGAAGCUGCCCGAUGGACGGCGGAGGCUUGCUGUCCACCGGGAAGUCGUGCAAAAGCAGGCCGGUGACGGUGGCCUAUGUGGUGAACGGCGAGGUGAGCCAGCAGAAUAACGCGGAGAGCAUGGCCCUGCAGUGUCUGAAGGACGCCUGCGAGACGGUGGGCAGCAAGCUGGAGACCGUCAACUUUGGCAAACUGGACUUUGGGGAGACCACGGUGCUGGACCGCUUCUACAACGCAGACCUUGCCGUGGUGGAGAUGACGGACGCCUUCCGCCAGCCCUCGCUUUUCUACCACCUGGGAGUCAGAGAGAGCUUCAGCAUGGCCAACAACAUCAUCCUGUACUGCGACACUAACUCCGACUCCCUCCAGUCCCUGCAGGAGAUAAUUUGCCAGAAGAACACUACAUGCUCAGCCAACUACACCUUUAUCCCGUACAUGGUGACGCCCCACAACAAGGUGUACUGCUGUGAGAGCAGCCUGAUGAAGGGCCUGACCGAACUGAUGCAGCCCAGCUUCGAGAUGCUGCUGGGGCCCAUCUGCAUGCCCCUGCUGGACCGCUUCAUCCAGCUGCUCAAAGUGUCCCAGGCCAACUCCCACCAAUAUUUCCGCGAGACGAUUCUGAACGAGAUCCGUAAAGCUCGUGAGCUGUACACUGGCAUGGAGCUGGCUGCCGAGCUCAGCCGAAUCCAACAGCGGCUGGACAACGUGGAGUGCCUUUCAGUCGACAUCGUCAUCAACCUGCUCCUGACGUACAGGGACAUCCAGGAUUACGAGUCCAUCGUGAAGCUGGUGGAGACUCUGGAGAAGCUUCCGACCUUUGACCCUGUGGCUCACCCUCAUGUGAAGUUCCACUACGCCUUUGCACUGAACCGGAGGAACCUUCCGGGUGACAGACAGAAAGCCCUGGACAUCAUGCUGCCCCUGGUGGAAGACGAGGAGCAGGUAGCCUCGGACAUCUACUGCCUGGUGGGACGGAUCUAUAAGGACAUGUUCCUGGAGUCUCACUUCGCUGACACACAGAGCAGAGACAACGGCACGCUCUGGUUUAAAAAGGGGUUUGAGUCAGAGCCAACACUACACUCUGGAAUCAACUAUGCUGUUCUGCUCCUGGCGGCCGGACACCAGUUCGACACAUCUUUCGAGCUUCGCAAAGUGGGAGUGAAGCUGAGCAGCCUGCUGGGUAAAAAAGGCAGCCUGGACAAGCUGCAGAGCUACUGGGAUGUGGGCUUCUUCCUGGGCGCCAGCAUCCUGGCCUGCGACAACACCAGGGUCAUCCAGGCCUCUGAGAAACUCUUCAAACUCAAAGCCCCCAUCUGGUAUCUGCGCUCGCUGGUGGAGACCAUCUUGAUAUACCAACACUUCAAGAAGCCCGGUGUGGAGCAGCCGGCCCCCAGACAGGACCUGGUGGAUUUCUGGAUGGACUUUCUGGUGGAGGCCACCAAGAAAGAUGUCUCCUCCGUCCGAUUUCCUGUGUUGAUAUUGGAACCCACCAAAGUGUACCAGCCUUCAUAUUUGUCCAUAAAUAAAGACGUGGAUGACAACACGGUGUCUAUCUGGCAUGUUGCUCCCGAUGACAAGCACAAAGGGAUCCACGAGUGGAACUUCAGCGCCACAUCGGUACGAGGCGUCAGCAUCUCCAAGUUUGACGAGCGCAGUGCCUUUCUCUAUGUCCUUCACAAUGCAGAAGACUUCCAGAUCUAUUUCUGCACAGAGAUGCACUGUAAAAGAUUCUGCGAUCUGGUCAACAGCAUAACAGAGGAGACCUGGAAAGGUCCAGAGGAGGGAGACUGCGACAAUGACGCCUUAGAGUACGACUACGAGUACGACGAGCACGGAGAGAGGGUGGUUCUGGGAAAGGGCACGUUUGGAGUGGUGUACGCGGGCCGGGACCUCAGCAACCAGGUCCGACUGGCCAUCAAAGAAAUACCCGAGAGAGACAGCAGGUACUCGCAGCCGCUCCACGAGGAGAUCGCUCUUCACAAGCACUUAAAGCACAAGAACAUCGUCCAGUACCUCGGCUCCAUCAGCGAGAACGGCUUCAUCAAGAUCUUCAUGGAGCAGGUCCCUGGAGGGAGUCUGUCUGCACUGCUGAGGUCUAAGUGGGGCCCUCUGAAAAACAACGAGUCCACCAUCGGCUUCUACACGCGACAGAUCCUGGAGGGGCUCAAAUACCUGCACGACAACCAGAUAGCACACAGAGACAUCAAAGGGGAUAAUGUUCUCAUCAACACCUACAGCGGCGUCCUGAAGAUCUCAGAUUUCGGCACAUCCAAGAGGUUGGCUGGGAUCAACCCCUGCACGGAGACUUUCACGGGCACACUACAGUACAUGGCUCCUGAAAUUAUAGACAAGGGUCCUCGGGGAUACGGGAAACCGGCGGACAUCUGGUCUCUUGGCUGCACCAUCAUAGAAAUGGCAACCGGGAAACCACCUUUCUAUGAACUGGGAGAACCGCAGGCCGCCAUGUUCAAGGUGGGCAUGUUUAAGAUCCAUCCGGAGAUCCCAGAGUCCAUGUCGCUGGAGGCCAAAGCUUUCAUCCUGCGCUGCUUUGAGCCCGACCCGGACCGUCGUGCCACUGCCUUCGACCUGCUCACCGACGAGUUCCUGACGGUCACCAGCCGCAAGAAGAAGAGCAAGAGCAGCUUCACAGCUCUGUCACCAGGGUCAGAGUACCUCCGCAGUAUCUCCCUGCCGGUGCCGGUGGUGGUGGAGGACACCAGCAGCAGCAGUGAGUACGGCUCCGUCUCCCCUGACAACGACCUCAACACCAACCCCUUCAUCUUCAAGCCCAGCGUCAAGUGCUACAGCGAGAGGGAUGUCAAGGGGCCCAGGUCCCUCUUCCUCAGCAUUCCUGUGGAGAACUUCGAAGACCACAGUGCCCCUCCAUCUCCCGAUGAGAAGGAUUCAGGCUUCUUCAUGCUUCGGAAGGACAGCGAGAGGCGAUCCACACUGCACCACAUCCUGACAGAGGACCGGGACAAGGUGGUGGCCAACCUGAUGGAGGCCCUCACACAGGGCUCUGAGGAAAUGAAACUGAAGCCUCAGCACAUCUCCACCCUCGUGGUCAGUCUGGCGGACUUCGUUCGCAUGGCCGACAGGAAGAUCAUCGCCAACACGCUGUCCCAACUCAAGCUGGAGCUGGACUUUGACAGCACUGCCAUCAGCCAGCUGCAGGUCGUGCUGUUCGGCUUCCAGGAUGCCGUAAACAAAGUGCUGCGAAACCACAACAUCAAGCCUCAUUGGAUGUUCGCUUUGGACAACAUCAUCCGCAAAGCUGUGCAGACCGCCAUCACAAUCCUGGUGCCAGAGCUGAGGCCUCACUUCACUCUGGCCUCAGAAAGUGACCUGGCCGAUCAGGACGACGUUGACGAGGACGCCGAGCCGGAGAGAAACUCCACCCACCAGAGCCGAGCGGCUCCCAUCGCCGCCAACGACGACACCGUGGCCACGUCGGGGGUCAGCACUCUCAGCUCCACCGUCUCUCACGAGUCCCACGGCGCGCAGCGCUCCGUGAGCAUGGAGCUGGGCAGGAUGAAGCUGGAGACCAACAGACUGCUGGAACAGCUGCUGGAGAAGGAGAGGGAGUACCAGGCCAUCCUGCAACAGGUGCUGGAAGAGCGAGAGCAGGAGAUCAGACUACUGAGGCUGCGAUCUGAGCCCACAGACGUCCCCUCGCCGUCCCCGGAGGAGCAGACGAGUCAGCCCGCGGAGACUCGCCAAGACUCGGAGCUGACCAGCUGGCUGAGGCUUCACGGUGCUGACCAGGACUCCAUGGACAAAAUACUGAACGAGGAAUACACGUUGAACGACAUCCUCCAUGAUGUGACAAGAGACGAUCUGAAGAGUUUAAGACUGAGAGGCGGGAUCCUGUGUAAACUAUGGAAGGCCAUCGCAGACUACAGGCAGAAGCCAACCUGAGGCCUUAAGUGGCGACAACCACUCAGAGAAGCCCGGACCUUCGUCCCCAUAACUCAGUAUUCUCCUCUUUACCUCAGUAUUUAUAAGAGCUUUUUUAGGAGAAGAACCUGUGGUCACCGUGUGCACAGAGCAGCUUUCCACUCACGCAGCAAAAGCCCCUGACCGGUGUUGUCGUAGUAUUUUAUAAUUUUGAAACAAGGCUUUUGGAUACGAGGUCAUUUUUGAAAGCAACAAUUGCUAAGAAGUGCCACUAGUUUUGCUAUGCCCAACGGACACGCCGCCGCUUUUUGUUACAGGUGCGUUUAAAAAAAAAAAAAAAAAAAAAAA